GCAAAGCCCCUACUCACCAUCUCACAUGUUACGUGUCACCAUUUUGCCAAUCCCACCUCCAUUUAUAAACACCAUCCAAUAUGUCUUUCUUCCUUCAACUUUCCUUUUCCGUUUUUCCUUUCACUUUAGGCAAAAUGGCUGACCGUCCACAACCACACCAGCUCCAAGUCCACCCUCAACGCCGCUACGACGACAUCGGAGCUAAGGGACGAGGAGGCCCUUCGGCCUCCACAAUCCUCGCCGUCGUAACCCUUGUCCCUCUCGGUGGCUCACUGCUUGGACUCGCCGGUUUGACUCUAGCAGCCACGCUAUUUGGCUUGGCCGUGUCUACCCCUGUAUUCAUCAUCUUCAGCCCCAUUCUAGUGCCAGCAAUCUUAACCAUUGGUCUGGCCGUCCUUGCCUUUUUGACCUCUGGGGCAUUUGGGCUGACAGCUCUCUCUUCGCUCACAUGGGCUUUCAACUACCUCCGUCGGGCGACCGGGUUUAUGCCUGAUCAGAUUGAUCAAGCAAAGAGGCGCAUGCAGGAUAUGGCUGGUUAUGUGGGGCAGAAGACAAAGGACCUGGGGCAGGAGAUUCAAAGCAGGACCCAAGAUCAAGGGAGGAGGACGUGAAUGGAAGAAGAUAAAGGGAAAUGGCUGAGUUAUGUUUAAAUCCUGUAGCGAUGUCAAUGUCGGAAUUGUAGGUGUCUGAGUGUUUUCUUUUCAGGAAUCCUAGGAUAGUUCACUUUUGAGCUACUUCUAGAAUGCUGGCUUUGGUUUGCAUUUCUACUAUUUCAGUGUACUACUGCUUGCUUCAAUCACUUUGUUAUUACUUAUUAGACAUGCAUUGGUCGUUAGACCUAUUUCUCUC